AUGCAUAUCCAAUUCAGUUCCUACCUACUUUGGUCCUCGUUUGCAUUAGGCUGUGCCUAUGCUACGAACGAUGUUUCCGUACUGAUCAACGAAGCCGCCAGAGCGAACAACCAGUCGCUGCUAUGGGGCCCGUACAAGUCGAAUUUAUAUUUUGGAGUUCGACCUCGAAUUCCUAAAAGUCUGACGGCUGGGUUGAUGUGGGCGAAGGUCGAUGACUAUGCGACUGCGCAAGCGAACUUCAGGCAUACUUGCGAACAAAACGAAGGCAUGCGAGGAUAUGGCUGGGACGAAUACGACGUGCGCAGAGGUGGUCGCCAAUCGAUCCAUGAUGUCGGUAACUCGAUUGACCUCACCAUCGAUUUCGUCAAGGUACCUGGAGGACUGCACGGAGGCAGCUGGGCGGCUCGAGUGAAAGGAACACCAAGAGAAGAUGCCCCUGAGGAUUUAUAUACGUCAAUGGUUUUCUAUGCUUCGCUUGAAGGUCUCGGUUCUUUACACGUGGAUAAUGCUGUUGAGCAGCAAAUAGGGUUGAAAGAGGACGUGAGGCUAAAGGGAAUGACUCCGGAGCUUGGUGAUUUUACACUCAGUGUUACCACUGGCCCGGAAAGUAACAGCCAUCCUCAAUUUGAUCAUCCCAGCGGCGCCGAGAAGCCUUUGAAUCGUCCUUUAAUUGCUAGUGUGGAAACACCACCGGACAACUUGUGGCAAGCCAAGGCAUUGAUGUUUACCGCCAUGAAGCCCGAAGUCGAAGGCUGGCUUGCUAAAUACGGCACUGAUGCACCUCCGCCACCCGCUCAGCUCUUCACUUUGCCCAAUCAUCCUGGAGCCGGUAACAUACAUUUUGUGCAGUAUGUCUUUGAGGGCGCCUUUGAGUUUGACAUUCUUUUCGAAUCUGGUUCCGCCUCCGAGCCCGUUACCUCUGAGACCCUAACAAAGAAGAUUGACGAGAUGUCCUCUUCUUUCUCGAGCCAAUAUGAGAAUAUCUUCGCUCCUCAACCCCCAUUCGACAAGGCAGAGUACUUGGAAUUCUCCAAGUCCAUGUUCUCCAACUUGGUUGGAGGCAUUGGUUACUUCUAUGGCAGCGGUUUGGUUGAUCGAUCCGAAGCUCCUGAAUACGAAGAGGAGAACGAAGGCUUCUGGGAGGAGGCCGCAGAGGCCAGAUCACGAGUACAACCCACCGAAGAAGACCCUCAUGAACUGUUUACUUGUAUUCCUUCCCGGCCAUUCUUCCCUCGUGGUUUCUUGUGGGACGAAGGCUUCCACCUCAUUCCAGUGGUUGACUGGGAUCUUGAUUUGACUCUUGAUAUUGUACAAAGUUGGUUCAACCUCAUGGACGAAGAUGGUUGGAUUGCGCGAGAGCAGAUCCUAGGAGCUGAGGCUCGUAGCAAGGUUCCCGCCGAGUUCACCGUUCAGUAUCCUCACUACGCAAACCCGCCGACAUUAUUUAUGGUGCUUGAAGCAUUUGUCGACAAGUUGCAGGCCAAUCAAAGCAUUGUCGAGAACUCUGAACUCAAUCGUGCCGACAUUGCAGACAGCCUUCGAUCUGCUCACCUCGAGAGCAAGGAAUUGGCUGAAUCAUACUUGCAUUCUAUCUACCCCCUCCUCCGCAGACAAUAUUCCUGGUUCAAGAAGACUCAAUGGGGGGAUGUCAAGUCCUAUGAUCGCGAAGCUUAUUCGAGCAAGGAAGCAUACCGCUGGCGCGGACGUACAGUCCGGCAUAUCCUGACAUCUGGUCUCGAUGACUACCCUCGAGCUCAGCCCCCUCACCCCGGCGAACUCCACACGGACUUGAUUAGCUGGAUGGGCUUGAUGAGUCGCUCCCUCCGUAAAAUUGCAGCAGCAAUUGGCGAGACCGAGGAUGCAGAUGAGUUUGCAAUCUACGAAUACGCUAUUACCCGCAACAUCGAAGAUCUCCACUGGGACGAGGACGCCCAAACCUGGUGCGACGCAACCAUUGACGAAUACGAAGAAAGUGUCCAUGUCUGUCACAAGGGUUAUAUCUCGAUAUUCCCCUUCUUGACAGGUAUGGUCGGUCCUGACAGCCCACAUCUCAAGGCUACUCUUGACCUCAUUCGCAACUCUAAUGAAUUGUGGAGUGAUUAUGGCAUUCGCAGUCUCAGUAAGAACGAUGAGUUUUAUAGUACCGAUGAGAACUACUGGCGCAGUCCAGUGUGGAUAAACAUGAACUACAUGAUUCUGAAGAAUCUAUAUGACAUUGCAUCCUCCCAAAGCUCCCAUAAAGCACAAGCAGCCGAAAUCUACAACGACCUUCGCAAGAACCUGGUCGAGAAUGUUUUCCGAGAAUGGAAAGACACAGGUUUUGCCUGGGAGCAAUACAACCCUGAGACAGGCAAGGGUCAACGUACCCAGCACUUUACUGGGUGGACGAGUUUGGUGGUGAAGAUUAUGAAUAUGCCGUAUCUUACGGGUGCUGAACGGGGGCACGAUGAACUGUGA